CUCUAUUAAAAUAUAUUUGGCAGAUAAAUAACAUUUAACAGGAACGCUGGAUUAAAACAGGGGAGAAUAUAUUACAUGCUGUACAAAUGUGUGAAACAUUUGUUGCUAUAGUAACAUAUAAUUAACAUUAAAUUGUUCAGCCGAGUCUUCUCUUUCCCUGGAACAUUUUGACCGUAGGUAUCACAGCCUUUGAGUUAUUAGCUGGAGUUUGACGCCUGUUUUUUUAAUCUUUUAUCUUAAAGUUUACACAAUUUUUCUUACUUUUGAUGUUGUUUUUGGUUUUAAUUUCUCUUAUUUUCCAGUUCCUGUCACUUGAGUUUUGUGAUAGAGUGAGUGCUUAUUAACAAACAUCAACACUUUGGUCAUUUAUUUGAUUUUAGAAACAUUUUUAAGUUGUCUAAAUAAAUAACAAAAAAAAAAGACUUCAUUCUGAAUCUACCUCUGUGUACUACAUUGCAACACAUUUGUAAACAAAGCAGGACUCCUGUGUGGAUGAGGCUCUAACUUCAGCUCAUCAGGUUGUAGUUACAGGAUGGGAUUGAACCAUGUUGCCGUCGCGGUCGUGCUCAGUCUUCUGUCUGUCGGAGAGGCUGCUCCUGUGACCGGCUGUGAGAGUCUGAUCAAACCUAUCGAAGUCCAAGAAAGAGACCAGCUCCUGGGAAAGUGGACGCUCUUGGCAGAAGCUACAAACACACUUGGAGCCAAGUCGGCGACAGAUUUUGUUGUGGAGAGCGCCUGGACAUUAUUUACUGCUGCUAAUGAGAGCGGGGUCAUUGACGUUUUUCAGGCUGAAAAAAUGUCCGGCAACUGUUACACGCUCAAAACCAAGAUGACGUUGGAAAACAACACUCUCUCUAUCGGGCAACCUUUGAAUUCUUCUGCCAGGCUGCUGAGCACCGGCUGCUCUGACUGCCUUGUUUACGCAACGCAAUAUCUCAUGGAGGAGAGCGCAUACAGCGGCGUCCAGCUGAUGAGCAGGAGAAACAAUGUGACUGAUGCUGAACUGCACGAGUUUAGGAGGCAGGUGGAGUGUCUGAACUUACCACCACCUGUGAUCCUGAACCAACACAAAGGUCUCUGCCCACAAGACUCUCCGCAGAACACGGAUCUAACCAACGACUUCUACGGCAUGAGCCCCGAAGAAUUAGAAACAAUCGUCAGUGGUGGAGAUGUGACGGUGGAAUGGACAUGAUUAUACACUUAAUGUCAGAAUUCAAAUUAAAAAGCUAAUUUUAAAAUUAAAAUGCAUUAUGAGAAAUUAUUUUUCAUUUUCAGGAUGUGGGUGAAUUAUUUGACUUUUAUAAGAAAUUAAUAAUAAAUAUGUUUUUAUGGUAACAAUUUAGUGGGUUGUUUUUUUU